AGGGUUCUCGUAGAGCAAUGAGUCUCUCCGUCUCUCUCAGAGACUACUUUACUUUGCAACACAUCACUUCCUCUAUUUAAUCAGAGGCCGAGAAAACCUCCCAAAGUUUUCCACAAAGACUACCUUACACACUCCCUGUUUUCACUAUCCUUCGAGAGACAGAGAGACACAGAGAGAGAGACAGAGAGAGAAGAAGCACAGAGGGGGGAGAGAGAGAGAGAGAGGAAGCACAGUGUGAAAUAUUUGUGCAGACUUUUCCUUUUCUGUUCCUUGGGUUUGAGAGAGAGAGAGAGAGAGAGAGAGAGGCAUGAAGCAAGGUUUUUAUUUGCAGAGCUCAUCACCAGUGCAACACAUGAUGUCUGGUAACCCUAAUUACUGGUGGAACAACAUCAAUCCUCCACCACCACGCUCUCCUUUUUGCCACUCUUCUUCUUCCUCUCCUAACCUCUUCCUUCCAUACCCACCCAGUUCUUCUCUUUCUUCUUUAUUUCAUCUCAAUCCUUCCUGGGUCUAUAAUAAUAAUGUUAACCAAGAGCAGCUUCCAGAGUCAUUGAGCCAACUCCUCAUGGGUGGAUUGGUUGGAGAAGAAGAUAAGAGCAGUGUGAUGAUGAAUUACUUACAAGAAAAGAGGGUGGAGGAUUGGGAGGAGCAACAAGUGCUUCAGCAAUCCCCGAAUGAUGCUUCUGUUCUCGACAAUCAGCAUCAUCAUCUUCAUGUGAAGCAGGAAGAUUCAGCAAGCAGCUACGGUGUGUAUGGGGGUGCAGCAAGUGAUCAUCAUGCUCUUCAAGGGACAACAAACAAGUCUGCUUGGUCUCAACAUCAUCACCACGCUAUGAUUCCUAAUUCACCACCCAAGUCGUGUGUCACCACAAGUUUCAGCAGCAGCAUGUUGGAUUUCUCGAACAAGAAGCCAGUUAAUAAGAGGCAAACCCCACCAGAUCUAUCCUCUGAGUGUAACAGCAAUGCAACUGGUGGGGUACAAAAGAAAGCUAAGGUCCAGCCUCCUUCAACCAGCCAAUCUAAUACCUUCAAGGUGAGGAAAGAGAAAUUAGGAGACAGAAUCUCCGCCCUGCACCAGCUAGUUUCCCCAUUUGGAAAGACCGACACCGCUUCAGUACUAUUAGAAGCUAUCGGGUAUAUCAGAUUUCUUCAGAAUCAAAUUGAGGCGCUCAGUUCACCUUACAUUGGCAGUGCUUCAGGAAAAACGAGGCACCAUCAAUCUGUUCGAGGGGAGAGGAGUCCUAUGUUUUCUGAGGAUUCGGGUCAGGAAUCCAUCAAUGAAGAGCCAAAGAACGAUUUGAGGAGUAGAGGAUUGUGUCUGGUCCCGGUCUCGUGCACGCUCCAAGUAGGAAGCGACAAUGGAGCGGACUACUGGGCCUCUGCUUUUGGAGGAGGAGGCCUACGAUGAGACUUCUUCGAAUGACUUGGGGUUUUAGGGAAAAUAGUACAGCAAGAGCUUCAUGAUCAGAUGAUAUAACAUCAUGAGCCGUCAAUCUGCUAAGGAAAUAAAAGAAAAAGGUGAAAGGCUGAUUGCUCAUGAUGCCGUAUAUCAUGUUAAAGAGAAAAGAUGGAGUCAUCUUGUGCUGUGUAUCUCGGGGGACAACGGCAUCCUUCGAUAAAUUAACCUAGCUCAUCCCUGUCAAUUUAGUGGUAUUUUCUAGUGCCCUUUUGCUGUAAUUAUUAUGCUUAGAAAAGGUAUUUGCCUUUCAAUUUGCAAGUCAUUUCACCGUUUGCAUAUGGGGCUGAGCUUAGCAAACCAUGUAUGUACCUUUGGCUCUUGGAUGGCUUGUCUUGAGUCCUAGUUUGUGUUCGCUAGUCAAAUUCCAUAUCAUGAAUUUAAAUCGACUCACGUUGUUCU